AGAAAACAUCAACGAGUUUUGUGAAAAGGGAUAUACUGUCUUACUUGAUGCAUUGUCAGAGAAUGAACUGCGUGCAUUACAUGAUGAAGCAGAUCUUCUUUCUAAUCAUUUAAUGACAGAAGGAUAUGAUCUAAUUCACGACCUUGGUUGUAUUGUUGAGCCUUGGACGUGUGGCUUUCUAGAGUUUGAAAACGAUUUUUAUAAAACUGAUGUUAAAGAAUAUAAAAAAUUACGUGAUAGUAUUCUUGAUUGUGAUAAUGGUACUUUGAUUUCUGAUUUAGUAUUACAUAAAUAUGGAGCUUGGGCAAGACAACUAUUAGAAACAGAAGAUACAUAUUUGUUGAAUGAACAAUAUAUCAUUAAACCGCCUUCUAUAUUCGGACUAUCUCAAUUUGCAUGGCAUAGGGAUUCAGAUUAUUAUGAUGAUGUACGUCACAGACAAGAACCAACAGUAGCUUGUUGGACAGCACUUGAUGAUGUUAACCGAUUCAAUGGAACAGUGGAGCUUGUCGAUUUCCAAAAUAAUUCGUACCUGUUAGAGGUGCCUGCAGGCUCUAUUUUAUUCAUGUCACACCGUCUUUUACAUCAUAGUACAAGUAAUUCAAGUCCUCAAAAAUUUCGACGCGCUUACAUGGCACAGUUUUCCAAGCAACCCCUUGUUUACUUUGAUAAAAAAGAAGAUCUACCUUUGGCUUCUCGAUGUGUUGCACUAGCUGUGAAGACAUGUGGACUACCCUAAAUUUUUAGUGUUGUUUGUCCGACA